AUGCGCAACCCUGUGUUUAAGCUAGGUUUAAGAUUUGCAACCACUGACCUAUUCAGGAAAGCAAUUAGGAACUAUUCAAUUAUCAACAGGAGGAUAAUUAAAUUCAAAUGCAAUGAUCGUGACAGGGUGAGGGCAGUGUGUGCAGGGAAUUGCAACUGGGUUUGUUUUGCUUCAGCAGUGAAUGGUAGUGAAUGGGUUCGAGUGAAGAAGUUGGUUGACGUGCAUGAUUAUAGGACAGUUGACCACAACUUUCAUGCUAACUCAACAUGGUUAGCUCAGAGAUAUGCUACUAAACUGUCUAGACUGCAUAAUGAGGAUAUGAGAACUUUUAAGCAGCAGGUACAAGAAGAUUUGUCUGUGAUAGCUUCUAAAUCUCAAAUAUAUAGGACAAGGCAAAAGGCAACAUCUAUAACUGAGGGGACUUAUGAAAAACAGUAUGAGUUAUUAUGGGAUUAUGCUGCUGAACUCAGAAUGACAAAUGUGGGUAGCACAGUCAUUAUCAAAUGUGAGUUUGAGGGUGAAAGGCCAAGGUUUCAGAGGAUUUACAUUUGCUUGGCUGCAGUUAAACAAGGGUUUUUGCAGGGAUGUAAGCCAGUGAUAGAAUUUGAUGCUUGUCAUAUCAAAGGUCAUCACCUUAGACAAUUGUUAUAUAUUGUUGGUGUGGAUCCUAACACUGGCAUGUAUCCUAUUGCGUAUACAGUGGCUGAGGUGGAGAAUUAUGAAACAUGGUCAUGGUUUUGUCAACUGUUGGCAGAGGACCUUGGAAUCGAAAACAGCACAUGA